UUCGUACUAAAAUCCCCGACAUUACGUUAUGCAAUUUUGGAGUUUUCCGACGGCACCAAUUAAGAAUAAAAAAAAAUUCCCAAUUUCCUCCAUCGCAAUCAAAGAACACGCCCUGCCCCAGUCCCCGCAAUUUCCACACCAUUCAUUGACUUCUCUACUUCCUCUCCCUCCAUUAUUUUCCAUCAUCACUUGGCCCAUAAAAUUCCACCCAUUAUUGCCUUCACAAAUCUCUUCAGUUCAUCCCCACUGUCCCUCUACACACUCUCGUUGUCAAAUAAUGGAGCAGAUGAACUUCUCGUACAAGUUCGGGGAGAAGCAGGGGGCCGCCGUUGAGGAAUUGGAGGCUGCUAAGUCCGAUGAGCCGGUCACCGCUUACCCCCCGCCGGCUGAUUUAGGCUACGUCUAUCCUCCGCCGCCACCGCAGCACCAGUAUUUCGGUUACCCUUCGGCGGCGCCAGCUGGAUACGAGGAGGAGUUACGGUGCUAAUUGUACAAUAGUUAGCACCGUCCUAACCAAGGGAAAAACUACUACUAGUUUGAAUUAGUAGUGAUUUAGUUUAGAUGUUGUAUUGAUUUUAUAAUAAUCCGUAGUGAUUUCGUUAUUUUUAGUAGCGUUUUUUGCUAGUUAUCACGGUGCUAACCCCUAUAAGGGUUAGCAGGGUUAGCACCUAAUCCCAUCCCAGAUACGGGUACUACCAGCCGCCACCUUCAGGUAAAAUUGUAAUUGUAAGUUUAAGCGUUUUAGUGAUCUAGAAGCGUAAAAAUGCAAACUUUUAAUUUUAAAGCUUAUGCCCUGUUCACUUCCCAUCUCAUUUUCUGUUUUCUGUUUAAAAAAUGAAAAUCAGGAAACAAAUGACAUUUAAACGU